UUCCUCCAGCUCUUCCUAUCCAGGCUGGGAAGAAAAAACAGGGGAAAGCAAUAUUCCAUUCUUUGCCAGUGACAUCUUUUGCAGCCUUUAUGUUCAGCAGAGGUCUUGCUUUCAGUUUUCCCUACAAGUGUCCAACAAUUUGAGAAUGAAUAUUUAUCAAGCAGAAAUGUUUUAUUACAUUUGGGUGGUUUGGUGAAGUCCCCAGACUGCCCAAUGGAGACUGGACAUACAGCGCAAGGCAAAUGGAACAGGCUGGGAGGGAAAAGGGGAGGAGGAAGAUUCAUUUCUUUAUUCAGAAACUGGAUGGAUGAACCCUGAGAAGGAAAGAACAGCCACACUCUUUCCGUGACAUUCUGGGGAAGGUCAUGUUCCAUUUCAGCCUGAGACAUAGGACUGACUCACUCUCCUACUGUUUCUGAAAGAAAAAAAAAGAAGGAAGAAAAAAAAAUCAGUGAUCUGUUCUAACUCUUUUGUUUUUAGGGAAGAGCACUCUUUGUGCAGUUCUUUAUUAAGCACUUAGCUGCUUUGAGUUUCUACAGUGACCAGGAGUGAAGGGAAAAUACUAGAUAAUGUCGGAGUUCUGGCUAAUUUCUGCUCCAGGAGACAAAACAAAUCUACAGGCAUGGGAGAGAAUGAACACUGUGACAUCUAAAUCCAACCUGUCCAGCAACAGCAAAUUCCAUAUUCCAGACUUAAAGGUGGGGACACUGGAUGCUCUUGUUGGUCUGUCAGAUGAGUUGGGAAAACUUGAUAGCUUUGCUGAAAGCAUAAUAAAGAAAAUAGCUCAGUACAUAGGAGAAGUUAUGGAGGACUCAAAAGAUAAAGUCCAAGAAAAUCUUCUGGCCAAUGGAGUUGACCUAAUUAGCUACUUGACACGGUUUGAGUGGGACAUGGCCAAAUAUCCCAUAAAGCAGCCGCUGAAGAAUAUAUCAGAAGCAUUAGCAAAGCAAGUGACUCAAAUAGAAACAGACCUAAAGACCCGAUCAGCUGCAUACAACAACAUUAAAGGAAAUUUGCAAAGCCUGGAGAAAAAAACCAUGGGAAAUCUGCUGACCCGGACCCUGGCAGACAUAGUGCAUAAAGAAGACUUUGUUCUGGAUUCUGAGUAUCUUAUCACGCUGCUCGUCGUGGUGCCAAAGUCAAGCUAUGUACAGUGGCAGAAGACCUAUGAAUCCCUCUCAGAUAUGGUAGUGCCUCGCUCCACCAAAAUGAUUGCUGAGGAUGCAGAGGGAGGACUCUUCACCGUGACCUUAUUUAGAAAAGUGAUGGAUGACUUCAAGGCUAAAGCCAGGGAAAACAGGUUCAUAGUUCGAGAAUUUUAUUAUGAUGAGAAGGAGCUGAAAUGUGAAAAGGAAGAGCUGAUGAAAUUAGCUUCUGAUAAGAAACAACAAUAUGGCCCAUUACUGCGCUGGCUGAAAGUGAACUUCAGUGAAGCAUUUGUAGCUUGGAUUCAUGUGAAAGCCUUGAGAGUUUUUGUUGAAUCUGUCCUGAGGUAUGGCCUCCCAGUAAAUUUCCAAGCAAUGCUGUUGCAGCCAAAUAGGAAGUCUGUAAAACGCCUGAGAGACGUCCUAAACGUGGUCUUCAAACACCUGGAUGAAGUUGCAGCAGCAAGUAUAAUGGAUCCUGGCAUGGACAUCCCUGGCUUACAACUGAGUAAUCAAGAAUACUAUCCUUAUGUCUAUUUCAAGAUUGACCUCAGUCUUCUUGACUGCAGUUAAAGAAAAAUUGCUCAAAUUUCAUCUAUUAAUUUUCAAGACUCUUAAUGUUAUAGUAAAACAAUCUUCAGCUGCUGAAAGUCAAAUUAAAAUGCAGAUGCUGUAGCAGGAUGAUCUUCCUUCUACUUCCAAUAAUU